UACGGCGGGAAACAAAACAAAUUGUUGAUUGUUGGUUGGAUUUCAUUGCCGAAGUUUAUUUACAUGUUUUUAUAUUUUAUAAAAUUACUUCAAGUAUGGAGAUAACAUUUCCAUUUCCUUUCAAACCCUAUGAUAUUCAAGAAAAGUUUAUGAGAGAACUUUAUUUUACUUUAGAACAACAAAAACUUGGAAUAUUCGAAAGUCCUACCGGAACGGGUAAAUCAUUGAGCAUUUGCUGUGGAGUUUUAAAAUGGUUGAGGGACAGUAAUCAGAAAAUACUUGAAGAUCUUGAAAAAGAAGUGGCUCAAUUGAAGGCAGAAUUAUCCAACAAUACAGCAUCCGAUGACUGGCUCACAGAGGAAUACGAAAAAAUAAAAAAGAAUCAAAAUCUCAUAUCCUUACAACUGAAACUAGACAAAAUUAAAAAGCAAAAAGAAGUAUUUGAUCAAAUGAAAAUUCGAGUUUCCAAACAGAAGACAAAUGCAUCUAACAAAACUAUUGAAUUCUAUUUUAAUAAGAAAGAUAAGAGUGAGAAAGUGGAAGAUGAUAAGGAGAAUGUUCUAGAAGGAAAAGAGGAGUCUGAAGAAGAUAGAGAUCUCAUUUUAGAAGAGCUUGAGGAUAAGGAAGGUGGUGGUUCUGAUACAGAAGAAAUUACAGAGGAUGAUAGUGAGCAAAUGACUAAAAUAUACAUAAGCAGUAGAACACACAGCCAACUGUCUCAGUUUAUAGGAGAGAUCAAGAGGACUGUUUUCAAAGAGGAUACCAGAGUAGUGACUUUAGCUUCUAGACAACAUUACUGCAUCAAUUCUGAAGUUGUAAAGCUGAAAAAUGUAAAUCUUAUUAAUGAGAGAUGUCUAGACAUGCAGAAAUCAAAAUCGAAGUCAACAGCAGUAGGGGAAGAGGGGAAAGUGCUUAAAAAGACGAAAACAAGAUCAUGUACCGCCUGUCCAUACUACAAUCAGACUAAUAUAACACGGUUGAAGGAGAGAAUGUUGGUGGAUAUUAUGGAUAUGGAGGAUUUAGUCAAAUGUGGCAAAGAGCUGAAGGCUUGCCCCUAUUAUGCUUCUAGAAUGGCCAUGGAAGACGCUGAGAUGGUUCUCAUAAGUCACGCCGGCAUAGUAAGCUCAGGUGCCCGUUCAGGUAUAUCACUAAAACUGGAUAAUAACAUACUAAUACUGGAUGAGGCACAUGGACUGACGGCGGCCCUAGAAAAUGCUCAUUCAGCCCCAGUAACAGUCAAGCAACUGAGCUCAGUGAAGACAUUCUUGCAGUUUUAUAUCAACAAGUAUAGAGCGAGGUUGAGUAGCAAGAAUCUAUUGACUUUGAAUCAACUUAGUUUUGUUGUGGGAAAGCUAUUGGGUAUGAUAAAACCAAAAGAUUCAACCGACAAAAAACAAAAUGAAACUACGAUUUACACCCUUGAGGACUUUGUAAUAAAGGCUGAAAUUGAUCACAUGAAUUUGCGUCCUUUAGUAGAAUUCUGUAGGAACACUAGACUUGCUCCUAAGUUACAUGGCUUCUCUAUGAGGUACAGUCAGCAAGCGCUUGAAGAGGAGAUGAAGAAGAGUACGGUUAGCAAAAAAAGUUCGUUCGAAAUGUUUAUGAGCAAUAUAUCUAAGAAGAAGGGGGAAAAAGUUGAGGUUGAGCCAGAAGUUAAGGAGAAUGUUACUGUUCAAGCUAAUGUACCAACAGAGACGUCAGCGGGCAGUGGUUUGUACGCCAUACUGGAUUUCCUAGAGAUGCUAUGUGACCGCAGCGAGAAUGGACGAGUAUUGGCGCAGGGAGACCAGAACGGAAUGCUCAAGUAUCUGUUACUCAACCCGGCUGAACACUUCGCUGAAGUCGUGAGGCAGUGUCGAUCUGUGAUCGUAGCAGGAGGUACAAUGGAGCCUAUAGCAGAGUUCCAAGCGUUACUAACGAGCCACACAAACGACACUGGCUCAGUAAACGUAGUACGGUGUGAACAUGUAGUGCCGCCGGAGAAUGUACUAGGACUCUGUCUGUCCAAGGGACCUACCAAUGUUAGCCUCAACUUCUCAUAUGAGAACAGAAUGUCUAAUGAAUUGCUCAGCGAAGUCGGCCGUAUUCUCCGCAAUAUAUGCAGCAUAGUUCCCGGAGGAGUCGUGUGUUUCCUACCAUCGUACUCUUACGAACAUACUGUAUACGAACAUUUAAAAACCAAUAAAGUUAUCGAAGCUAUCACUAAGAAGAAAGCCAUAUUCCGUGAGCCAAAAUCUGCGUCUGAUGUUGAUCAGGUUUUAAAUAAAUUUGCAUCAGCUGUCAAGAAUAAGGAUGGUGAACAUAAUGGAGCUUUAUUGUUAAGUGUCGUUGGGGGAAAACUCAGUGAAGGUCUGAACUUUAGUGAUGAUCUCGGGCGAUGUGUAAUGGUGGUGGGUAUGCCGUACCCCAAUGUAAAAUCACCAGAGUUGCAGGAGAAGAUGAACUAUUUGAAUAAAACUGCAGGCGGCAGCGCGGGGAAUAUUUACUAUGAGAAUCUUUGUAUGAAAGCCGUGAACCAAUGUAUUGGUCGAGCCGUGAGACACGCCAACGACUACGCUUGCGUGCUAUUAGUGGAUGAACGAUACUCGAGGCCUCAAACUAUGUCCGCUUUGCCUUCAUUUGUACAGAAAUCGCUGAUAUCGAAUUGCAAUUUUGGCACGACGAUUAGUAAUAUAGCGAGGUUCUUUGCAAGACAUAAAGAGAGAUGAAAAGUCGAAAUGGCCUAGUGAUUACACGAAGAAAUUCUACAUGGGGGCCAUCCAUUAAUUACGUCA